AUGGACUCCCGGCACUUCAACGUCUUCUUCGCCACCUACCGAGCUUUUGCCCAGCCUGUCGAUGUUCUGGAUCGACUGCUGAAGAGGUAUGAAUCCCUCGACAGCGACUCGGCAGGCAGCACCUCGGCGCUGGUCAUCCAGAACUCGAUCCGCUCGGUGCUCAUCUGCUGGAUGGACAUGUACCCCGAGGAUUUCUACUCGGCCGAGACUGACUUUGCCAUGCUGACCAAUCUACUGGAUUUUGGCCUAAAACAUAAGAUGCCCGACGUGCGCGCCAAAGCCCGGAAAUUGCGAGAGCGUUUCAAGCUGAUCGCCAGUCAAGGUGGAAUGAUAGCCGCCCUGCCCUCGCUAGACCAGCUAGCCUACGCGUUUGGCUACGACCACGCGGAUUACGUGAACAACGCCCGGGAGCGCGCGAAAAUGUUCGACGUCGGCCGGGGGAACUGCGUGCAAAUUGCCGAGCAGCUCACAUUUUGGGAUGCGGCGCUCUUCAAAGAACUCCUCACGCACCAAUGCCAAGGUUGCAUGUGGUCGAAGAGAGAAAAAGUCAAACCGGAAAAGGUGUAUACGGUCAAGGCAACAAUUGAUCAGUUCAACGCCGUCUCCCGACGCGUCAUGACGUCGAUCGUACUCCCCGACUGCCGCCCCGAUUUUCGGUCUAAGAUCAUCGCCAAGUGGAUUGAUAUCGCGAGGGAACUCCGAGCCCUGAAAAACUUCUCCUCCCUAAAAGCCGUCAUCUCCUCCCUCCAAUCCGAGCCGGUGCACCGGUUGAAAAGCGCCUGGGCGCUGGUGCCAAACCGCUCCAUGGCCCAAUUCGCCGAGCUGGCCGCAAUUUUCGCCAUCGACGUCGAUGGGGAUGAACAUAAUGCGCGAAAAAUUUUGGAUGAGGAAGGCACUGCAAAAUCAUCACCCCUACGCCGACCCCAGUUAAUCCAAAAUUGCCGAAGAACGAAGAGUGACGUAAAUCUGGCAGAAUGCCAAGGCACUGUACCGUAUCUUGGAUCGUUUCUGACUGAUCUGACGAUGAUUGAUCAGGCAGCUUCGGAUUUGACUGAAGAUGGCCACAUCAACUUCGACAAGCGCAGGCGAGAGUUCGAGGUCCUCGCCAAGUUGCGGUUAUUCCAAUCCGCAGCCCGUGCCUAUAAGAUUCCGAUGGAUCGCGAAUUUUGCGCAUGGUUUUUCUAUCUACCGUGUUUGUCGGAGGAUGAUUGCUUCCAACGCUCGAUGGAAAUCGAGAAGCCGCCACCAAUUUCCACUCCGGAUUUGAGCCGACAUAAUAAUAUUAACUCUUCCGGUUCAAACGUCCAUAAGAGCUCGACGCUGUCGCGGAUCUUCAAUAACUCACGGGUCAGCGAGGAUAGCCAUUCGAUUUCCGGAAAUGGCACUCCGUUGAUGGGCCAGAAUUCGAGGGAUUCUGGGAUUCAUAAUGAUGACUGGACUGAUGGAGGCAGUGGCACUCCUGCAAUGUCGAGAAUGGCCGAUUCCGGAAAUCCGACAUCAUAUUCCACGGCCCCGUCGACUCCAGCCUCGACGAUAUCUGGUAAAGCGGGCCGCUCGAUUUUCUAUCAGACACCGCCACGCAUUGGUUCCGAAUUCUCACCAAUGGCCAUGUUCAACCCCCAUCAGCGGACCCAUUCGAGUGACAGCCAUGAUCGGAAUCGGCUUCCGGCAGAUUAUCCGGCCUCAACGGCUUCAUCUGGGUCCUCACACUCCAACAACUCUGCGCCAACUUUCCACCUGGCGAGAGUCGGACUGGAUGAUAGCGUCUAUACGGAUCAGAGCGGAGGCGCCAAUUACAAGUGUAUAAAGGUCGAGGACGGUGAUCGUAUGCCAGAAUUUAUCGACCGGAUCCUCGAAAAACAUCUUUUGGAUGGUGAUCGAAGUGAAUUCUGUGUCGUGCAAUUGUUGGAGAAUGGAGGUGAAUUCACCCUCCCCGACAAGUGCAACCCGUUCUACGCCCUCGCGCCCGACAAGUCGCACAUGUUCAACCUCAUCCUACGCCGGAAGAAGGAGAUCGACGGCGGGUCCCAAUCCCCAGCCCUCGGCCCGUCGGCCAAGAAGCUCAACAAGAUGAAGCGCAGUAAUUUGCUGAGAUGGAGUAGUGGAUAUCUU